UUUUUUCUUUUCCAUUUUGGUAGGAAUUGGAGUGCUCUAGGGUUUCCUGUAUUAGUGAUGGGCGCCAAUCGUUGAACGUCGCCAACAUCACAUUCACAUAUUCAUUCACGUCAAAAGUUUGUUCCUUUUUUGGUUUUCUUCUCUAAUUUCUAUAAUCAUAAUCACUGUUCGUCAACGACAUCCUCCAAAGGAUUAUAUCCAUAGUAUGUUCUCUUCUUUCCCAGAUAUCAGAUGCAUAAACAUAUAAGGAAAGCUGCUCGAUUGUUUCUUCGAGGUCACAGAAGUGGACACCUGGAAGUGGGUAGACAUGGGGUGAUUGUCACAGCUGGACACAACAUCCACCAAUACAGGUCCUACAUGCAAUAUAAGUUUCCUGGUGAAGCACGUCGGUCAUUGUUGUGGUAUGAGACAUAUGGGAGCUUUCAUAAAUGUUAUUCUCUUAGGAAUACUUCAGUAAUCUCAGCAAGAAAUGCGACGACACUUAAUAAUGCUCAAAUUGCCUGGAAAUCACUGUACAGAAAGUAUUGUUCCAGUCGUGACACACUUCCCACCAUAAAUACGAUUGCUCAGGCUGUGAGCCUUGCCUUUUCUCGUUAUUAUUUUCUUGUCCCUGGCAUUUUUGCGCUUACAUGUGGAGAGCUUGCAUUGGCUCGGGGAAAUUGGGUAGAUGCAGAUCGCUACCAAUCACAGAAUGCUCUGUAUGUUCGUGCACAAGAUGGGUACAAUUACAUGUUUGCUUUUACAUACCUUGUAGUUGAAGGAAUUGUCCUAUUACUUAGAGCUCUAUAUCUAGCCAUAUUAUUCUCUCCAAGUAUCGUGAUGGCACCAUUUGCAGACUAUCUUGGACCAAAAUACAGGGAAUUGUGGCUCCAGGUCGUUCAUCGUACGCUAGAAAAGUCAGGUCCAGCAUUCAUAAAAUGGGGUCAGUGGGCAGCUACACGGCCUGAUCUGUUUCCACGAGAUCUAUGCUCUAAGCUUUCAGAACUUCAUUCCAAAGCUCCUGAGCAUAGCUUUAACUACACAAAGAAAACUAUAGAAAAAGCAUUUGGCCGAAAAAUUUCUGAGAUUUUUGAAAACUUUGAAGAAUUGCCUGUCGCAUCUGGAAGCAUUGCCCAAGUGCAUCGUGCUAAAUUAAAAUAUCGUUAUCCUGGUCAACAAGGAAACCUCAUGGAUGUAGCUGUAAAGGUUAGGCAUCCUGGUGUGGGAGAAUCAAUCAGAAGAGAUUUUGCUAUCCUAAAUUUGGCGGCAAAACUUUCAAACUUCAUCCCUGCCCUAAAUUGGCUAAGGUUAGAUGAGAGUGUGCAACAGUUUGCAGUUUACCUGGUGCAUCCUGCUGUAUUGGUAGAAACGUAUGAGAAGGGGGAAAGUGUAUCGCAUUAUGUUGAUGAUCUUCAAGGACAUGAAAGGAUUAAGUCUGCUCUUGCUCACAUUGGGACUCAUGCACUCUUGAAGAUGCUUCUGGUGGACAACUUCAUUCAUGCAGACAUGCAUCCUGGAAAUAUCCUUGUCCGAGUGUCUCAGAGCAAUUCUCGGAAACGGCUCUUCAAAUCAAAGCCUCAUGUAAUUUUCCUUGAUGUAGGCAUGACUGCUGAAUUGUCUGGCAGUGAUCGAGUUAAUUUAGUGGAAUUUUUCAAAGCUGUUGCGCUCCGAGAUGGCCGAACUGCUGCACUAUGUGCACUCAGUUUAUCAAAACAACAGAAUUGCCCAAAUCCAAAUGCUUUUAUUGAGGAAGUAGAAGAGGCAUUUACAUUUUGGGGCACUCCAGAAGGUGAUCUGGUUCAUCCUGCCGAGUGCAUGGAGCAAUUACUUGAGAAAGUUCGGCGUCAUAGAGUUAAUAUUGAUGGCAAUGUAUGUACCGUCAUGGUGACGACUUUGGUUCUUGAGGGUUGGCAGCGAAAGCUUGAUCCUGGAUACAACGUGAUGCAGACGCUGCAGACGUUGCUACUUAGAGCUGAUUGGGCAAAGUCUCUUUCUUACACAAUUGACGGACUCAUGGCUCCUUGAAUAGGCUGUGUUUGUUGAGGUUCAUUUCUUAGGAAACAAUUUUGACAAAGAUAAAAACAUCACCUGUCCUAGGGUGGUGUCUUACUCGCAUCUGCCCAAUUUUUUUGUUCUUUCUUUUUCUUGUUACCUUGUAGGGGGGAACAAGAUUAUCCCCUGUAUUCAUCUUUUGUUAAUUUCCCAUAGUUUUACUGUGAGGAUCACAGCUUGUAAGAAAGUGAGAAAGUGAAAGUAAACAGAUAAUAAAACGGUGAAAUAUUCAUCUCUCCUCCUUUACACUUUGUUGCACGGUUGCACCAUGGCAAGAUGCAGGAACGUGCUUGGGAUCGUAUAGUUUACUAACCGAAUUUAAUGAAAUUUAACGUUGUAUUUUGAACCA